AUGGCAAAUGGUGGCCCUGUCUGGCGGCUCUUGGGCUCCAGCCAGGUGCCGCCUGUUGCAGGACAAUACGUCGGCAACAUCUCGCGCGACAACCGCCAGGCCUCGCAAGCCCUGCUUUUCGCUUCCACAGUUCUGCUCGGCGCGAAGUGUGUUGAGAUCACCGGCCAGCUGUGUCACUCCUCCUUGUUGGUCCUCAUUGGCGCCCUGGUGUGCUUGGGUGCCUGUGCGACCAUGGUGGUCUGCAUCGGUCGAAUUGCUGAGCAAGCUGACGUCGGGCGAACAAGCUUCAGGCAGCAGAUCUCCGACUUCCACUGUCCGAUCUGCUUGUCAGAUCAUGGGCAGCUACUUGUGAGGCUGCCAUGCGGGCACCUCUUUCAUUGCAGCUGCCUCCAGCUGUGGAAGCAUGAAACCUGUCCAUUGUGCAGGUGCCCUUACUGA